AUGAUUGAGCCGGCUACCAAGAUCAAGUUUGAGGAAACCAUUUCUUUGCCAGGAAGCGUUGCCGGCCUUAGUCUUGCCGGUGUGGGUGUGCGUGUGAAAAAGUUGGUCGGACCUUUAGCUGUCAAGGUCUACGGCGUGGGUUUGUACGUUGACAAGGGCGUGGCGGUGAGAAAAUUGAGCAAAUUUAAGGGCCACAAAGCAGGAUCCAAGGCACUAUUCGAUGCCCUGGAAACUGGAAAUUUCGAUAAAAUUGUGCUCUUGAAGAUGGCGCGAAAGGUGGGUGCGGCGACCCUGGUCAAUGCCUUGGCAGAAAGCGUGAAGCCUCGCCUCGGAAAGGGCUCGGAAGCGGCGCUUCUGCAAUUCCAAGAUGUGCUUUUGGCAGGCCUCAAGGGCGGCGAGGCCGAGACCGGCAAGCAGUUCGGCUUUGGUAUUCAGGGGGGCAGUAAAUUGAUCGUGACAAUUAACGGAAAGAAACAGGGUGAGAUAGCCAGCGGUCCUUUAGCUCAGGCACUGCUUAAAACUUACCUCGACAACAAUGCCGUCUCUAAAGAUAUGAAGGAGUCGGUGGCCCAAGGGCUACUGACGUGGAUCAAUCUCGUGAAGUAA